AUGCGUUUCCGCACUGAAGUGGUCAACACCGCGACCUUUACUAAACUAAUCGCAUCCCUCUCCUCCCUCAGCAAGCUCUGCUGGAUGCGUCUGGAGUCAAACACAAUCCGCUUCACCAUUAUCCCCGACCAAGGAACACAAGUCUGGGCUCAAUUGCCUAUUGAAUCCAUCUUUGAAGAAACAGAUUACACCCUCGAAUCCAACACGGGCGUAAUCAACCUCGAAGUCCCGCUCCCCUCCCUGCACCGCGCGCUGCGCUCCGCCGCAGCCGCGAAAUGGGUGCAGUUGCGGCUGACGCAGAAGGCCAAGGUGCCCCUGUUAGCAUUGACCAUCCGAGCAAAGUCCCGUACUAAACAGGGAAAUUCUCUGGGGACGACAUCUACUGUAAACGACGCCCAAGGUGAAGCUUUCGGCACAGCACCACCAGGAGACGGAGAAGAAGGAGCAGGGUUAUUAAACACAGCCCGCGAAAGGGAAACAUUCAUCACUCAAGAAAUCCCCGUAAAAGUGCUCCACGAAAGCGCAGUCGAGGGCCUCCACGAACCCCGAUGCCGGGAUCCGGACGUCCACAUCGUCCUCCCAGACCUUUUCCAGCUAAAGAGUAUCUCGGAGCGAUUCACGAAGUUAGCAGCAGACUCGACGCCCAAGGCCGCCGCCGCCGCUGCCACGAUGACUUCCUCCAACAACUUCAUGGACCAAACCCUAGACUCUGGCUCAGGCACAGGCAUAGGUACACGCGCCCCAGGCGUCUCCCCCAAGCUCGAACUCAGCGCAAACAUGCACGGCUCGCUCCGGCUAUCCAUCGCUACCGACGCGCUCAAGAUAAGCAGUGUCUGGAGUGACCUGGUGAAUCCUGCCGUGGACCCGAGCCAGCUGUCGCAGACGCAGAUUGAGCAGUUGCCUAGUGAGCGGAUGAGGGCGCUCGGUGGGGAUGAUGAGGCGGGGUGGGCGAAGGUUAGGAUCGAUGGGAGGGAUUGGGCGCGUGUUUUGAGUGUUGGGAGGAUGAAUCCGAAGGUUGUUGCUUGUUUCAUCCACGAGACGGCGCUGGUACUAUACGUGUAUCUCCCGGGGAGCUUGAAUGGGGACGAGUCCUGUUUGACGUAUUAUAUCAAUUCCUACCUAACAUAA